GGCGCCGCCUCCCCGAUGGCGACCCCCGAGGAGAACGGCAGCGGCGGCGGCAGGACCGGCGCCCGUCGGGGGGUCUCCCUUUCCGGGGAGCAGGAGCUGAUGCGCGCCUUCGAGGGCUCGGCGCCGGGCCGGGGGCUGCCCCGGUGGGGGUGGCGCCUGUGCCUGGCGCACCGCUUCGCCGAGCGCAGGAAGCCCUACCAGGCCUCCGACGUCUCGGCCGCCGACGCCGUCAAGCACCUCGGACUCGCGCUCAGGUACUUCAGGUGGUGGUACCGGAAGACUCGCGUGGAGAAGAAGCAUCCCUUCAUCAACCUCUUCAACUCCCAGCCCCUGCGCCAGAUCUAUGGCUGCCCGUUGGGGGGUUUUGGCGGUGGCACCAUCACACGAGGCUGGCGGGGGGACUUCUGCCGGUGGCAGCUGAACCCUGGGCUCUACCACUACAAGACGGUGAUCGCUGACCAGUUCACCGUCUGCCUGCGCCGGAAGGGCCAGACCGUCUACCAGCAGGUGCUGUCGGUGGAGAAGCCCAGCCGCCUGCAAGGAUGGAACUGGGGCUUCUGCGGCCACUACGCUUUCUACCAUGCUCUCUACCCCCGUGCCUGGACUGUCUACCAGCUGCCCGGGCAGGACGUGGUGCUCACCUGUCGGCAGGUCUCCCCCAUCAUCCCUCAUGAUUACCAGGACACCAGCCUGCCCGUGGGAGCUUUUCUCUGGGACGUGGAGAACCAGAGCGGGGAGGACAUGGAGGUCUCCCUGAUGUUCACCUUCCAGAACGGCACCGAGUCCAAGGGGGACCGGAUUGGGGGCCACUGGAAUGAGCCCUUCUGCCUGGAGAAGGACGGCCGCUGCGUCCGGGGUGUGCUGCUCCACCACUGCCUCCCCGUGAACCCCUACACGCUGGCCAUCUCUGCCCGGGAGAAGGCAGGCACCACUGUGACCCACCUCACCACGUUCAACCCUGCUGGCACUGGGCAGGAGGUGUGGCAGGACCUCCUGGCAGAUGGCAAGCUGGCAUCCCCCCCAGGGAAAAGCCCCCCAACGGAGAAGGGGGAGCCUUGCGCAGCAGCUGUGUGUGCCACCUGCACGGUGCCAGCUUCUGGGCACUCGACGCUGGAGUUUGCCUUGGCCUGGGAUAUGCCCUGCAUUCGGUUUGGCUCCAAAGAGAAGGAGCACCGCAGGAGGUACAGUCGCUUCUUUGGCAGCAGGGGAGAUGCCUGCCCGGCUCUGUCUCACUACACCCUCUCGUGCUACCAGGCGUGGGAGGAGAAGAUUGAGGCCUGGCAGCGCCCCAUCCUGGAGAACAGUGACCUGCCCCCUUGGUACAAGUCAGCCCUCUUCAAUGAGCUGUAUUUCCUGGCAGACGGAGGGACCCUGUGGGUGGAGCUUCAGCCGGAAGACCCCGCGGCCUCCCUGGGGGCCUCCCUGGGCCUCUCCCAGCACCUUCCGGUCCUGAGGGAGUACGGGAGGUUUGCAUAUCUGGAAGGCCAGGAGUACCUCAUGUACAACACCUAUGACGUCCAUUUCUACGCCUCCUUCGCCCUCGCCAUGCUGUGGCCCAAACUGGAGCUGAGCCUGCAGUACGACAUGGCGGCCGCCAUCCUGAGCGAGGACACCCGGCCGCGCAUGUACCUGAUGAGCGGGCAGACAGCGCAAGUGAAGCUGCGCAAUGUGGUGCCCCAUGACAUCGGGGAGCCUGAUGACGAGCCCUGGCACCACCUCAACGCCUACCUGAUCCACGACACGGCUGCCUGGAAGGACCUGAACCUGAAGUUUGUGCUGCAGGUGUAUCGCGACUUCUACCUCACAAAAGACUCUGCAUACCUGCGGGACAUGUGGCCCAUCUGCCAGGCCGUGAUGGAGUCGGAGCUGAAGUUUGACAAGGACGGCGACGGCCUCAUCGAGAACUCUGGCUUCGCCGACCAGACCUACGACGCCUGGGUGGUGACGGGCGCCAGCUCCUACUGCGGAAGCCUGUGGCUGGCGGCUCUCAGCAUGAUGUGCAAGAUGGCGGAGCUCCUGGACAAGGAGGAUGCCCGGCAGACGUACUCUGCCAUCCUGGUGAAGGGCAGUGCGGCCUUUGAGAAGCUGCUCUGGAACGGGAAAUACUAUAACUACGACAGCAGCAGCAGCACCUCCUCGGACAGCAUCAUGUCCGACCAGCUGGCUGGGCAGUGGUUCCUCCGCGCUUGCGGCCUGGGAGAGGGCAAGUCUGAGGUGUUUCCCCAGAGCCACGUGCUGAGCGCCCUGAAGACCAUCUUCGAGCGGAACGUCAUGAGCUUCUCCCAGGGGACGAUGGGCGCCGUCAACGGCAUGCGCCCCAGCGGGGUCCCGGACCACUCCAGCGUCCAGUCGGACGAGGUUUGGGUUGGUGUUGUGUAUGCCCUGGCCGCCACCAUGAUCCAGGAGGGGCUGGUCCAGGAGGGCUUCCGCACGGCCGAGGGCUGCUACCGGACGGUGUGGGAGAGGCUGGGCAUGGCCUUCCAGACGCCCGAGGCCUAUUGCCAGAGGAGGGUCUAUCGCUCGCUGGCCUACAUGCGCCCCCUCAGCAUCUGGAGCAUGCAGCUGGCCUUGGAGCGCAGGGGGGCCGGGGAGGCCCAGGCGCCCCCCACUUCCUCACAGGCCUCUGACCCCCCCACCGCCAUGAGCCCAUGAAGUGGCUCCCUCCUU